UGGAGUGGACCUGAGGGUAUAGACAGUGCUGAUGGACUGCCCUGUGGGAGAGGUAGACAGAGAGCACUAGAAUGAUUCUCAGGUGUGUGGAUAAGUCUGGAUGGUUAGCCCUUUAGGGAGAUAGGGAAGGUGGAGGAAGCUUUCAAAAUGACUGCCUGGGCCAGGCAAGGGGCUGCUGCUAGCGGAGGUCGGAGACAGGCGUGUGAAGGGUCUCCAUCUGGCAUAGCCAUUUAUUGCACAUUUGCUGUUUGCCUAGUUACCCCCCGCCCCACCAGAGUGGACAUUUCAGGUCAAUCAUAGCACUCUUUACCAAUGAGCCAGACAUCAGCACAGACUUUACCAAUGAAAUAAAAUAAAACAUUUUGUUUCUUAGUUGGUGUAGCCACAUUUCAAGUGCUAGAUGAUUACUGAGCAUUUCCAUCACUACAGUGGGUUUUAUUGGACAGAGUUGGUCUAGGUGUAUAAAUGUUUGAAUGCUCUACCUUGUGUUCUGCUCCCUGCCCAACAGUGUAAUUUCUUUCCAUUUGGGGGGCAGAGGAGGGGUUUGUUUUCACUUUGGUCAACUCUUCUUCAGCCGUAGGCUGAGGGUGUUAUAAUUCUUUCUUCCCCAAGUUCAGGGGAUCCUCAAAAGAGGGGCCCACUGAUGUUUCUGGGAAUGUUGAGAAAGGUAAUCCUGGAAGAAUAAAUCCAGACUUUCUUGGGGAGGCGAUUUAAAUUGCAGGUAAAGGGGAGGAACAGUGAGAGAAAACAUUUUUAAAUAUGUGCUAGGCCAGGAUAGAAGUUAGACUUUCCCACUUAAUCCUCAAAUAAUGCUAUGGCACGAAGUGAAAUAGUCCCAGGUCCACGGACUAGGGUUCCAGAGGUCGAAUAUUCACAGCUUGUCAAGUCCCUAACCUAGAAUUGGAACUUAGCCCUGGGGGAGAUUCUCAAGGGAACAGAAGGUGGUGAGAAGCAGAGCAGGAAAUCAGGGACGGAAGAAAGUGGGAGGAGUGGGAAAGGCGGUCCACAGAGGGCCGAAUGUGUGCUGGGGCUUCUGCAUCCUUUUUCAGUCCCCGGGGAUCUGACCCAGGUUCCGCUGACACUCAGCUCUGCCCUCCUUCCCAGGAGUCUGGGGGAACUGUUGCCUGUGGGGUGGGGAGGGAGCAAGGACGGAGCGGUGUGGGGGCUGGGCUGAAGUACAAGGGUCCAGCGCCUGAGCCAGGCCCCCAGGUGCUCUACUCAGAAGGGUGGGGGCUGGUUUUCUUGCGCACCCCUGCUUAUGGGCCUUGGAGGAGUGAAGGGGCUGGAGGGCAGUGGGCAAACAGGAGCAGUUCCAGACCCCCAGUUCUACUUUAUACACUACCCACCCCAGGCCCCGGGGAAGGGGUCACCUCGGAGGGCAACCCCAGUGCGGAGGGGCCUCCUGUCCUCUGCAGGGCCCGGAGCCCAUUCCAGGGCAGUGCAGGUGCUGCCGGGGUCCUGGCCCGCACCCUUCGUGGUGGAGACGCCCAGAGCGCGGAUCCUAGCCCUGCGGAGCUCCGGGAGGAACCGCCCGCGUCUUGGAGCCCCUGGGCCACUCUCGCGGCAAUUGAGAUCUGAUGUCACCGGCGCCCAGAGCACUGCUGGCGGCCGCACGCGCGGCGGCGCCUGCGGUAUGAUGAUUCCCCGCGGCCCUCGGCCCAGCCAGCUCCGGGCUAGUGCUGCUCCCUGGAUCCCGGGGCGCCACUGCGGGCGCCCACACAGGCAAUGGACAGGGCUAGGGCAGGAUCCGACACAGAGUUGCAGAGGAAGCUAGACCAUGAGAUCCGGAUGAGGGAAGGGGCCUGCAAACUGCUGGCUGCCUGCUCCCAGCGAGAACAGGCUCUGGAGGCCACCAAGAGCCUGCUGGUGUGCAACAGCAGAAUCCUCAGUUACAUGGGCGAGCUACAGCGGCGCAAGGAGGCCCAGGUGCUGGAGAAGACAGGACGGAGGCCUUCUGACAGCGGGCUGCCCCCUGACCGCUCCCCCUGCCGUGGCCGGGUCUGCAUCUCUGACCUCCGGAUCCCACUCAUGUGGAAAGACACAGAGUAUUUCAAGAACAAAGGUGACCUGCACCGCUGGGCUGUAUUUCUACUGCUACAGCUAGGGGAACAGAUUGAGGACACAGAGAUGAUCCUGGUGGACAGGACCCUCACGGACAUCUCCUUUCAGAACAAUGUGCUCUUCACUGAGGCGGGGCCAGACUUUGAACUGCGGCUGGAGCUGUAUGGGGCCUGUGUGGAAGAAGAGGGGGCCCUGGCUGGCGCCCCCAAGAGGCUUGCCACCAAACUCAGCAGCUCCCUGGGCCGUUCCUCAGGGAAGCGUGUCCGCGCAUCGCUGGACAGUGCUGGGGGCUCAGGGAGCAGUCCCAUCCUGCUCCCCACCCCGGCUGUGGGGGGUCCGCGUUACCACCUCUUGGCUCAUACCACACUCACCCUGGCAGCAGUGCAAGAUGGGUUCCGCACGCAUGACCUCACCCUCGCCAGUCACGAGGAGAACCCUGCCUGGCUGCCCCUUUACGGUAGUGUGUGUUGCCGCCUGGCCGCUCAGCCUGUCUGCAUGACUCAGCCCACUGCAAGUGGUACCCUCAGGGUGCAGCAAGCUGGGCAGCUGCAGAAUGGGGCACGAGUGCACGGAGUCUUGAAGGGCACAAACCUGUUCUGUUACCGGCGACCGGAGGACGCAGACACUGGGGAAGAGCCGCUGUUGACUAUUGCCAUCAACAAGGAGACUCGAGUCCGGGCAGGGGAGCUGGACCAGGCCCUAGGGCGGCCCUUCACCCUCAGCAUCAGUAACCAGUAUGGGGAUGACGAGGUGACGCACACCCUUCAGACAGACAGCCGGGAAGCUCUGCAGAGCUGGAGGGAGGCUCUGUGGCAGCUCUUCUUCGACAUGAGCCGGUGGAAGCAGUGCUGUGAUGAAGUCAUGAAAAUUGAAACUCCUGCUCCCCGGAAACCGCCCCAAGCCAUGGCCAAGCAGGGGUCCUUGUACCAUGAGAUGGCUAUUGAGCCGCUGGAUGACAUCGCAGCGGUGACAGACAUCCUGGCUCAGCGAGAGGGCACAAGGCUGGAGACAUCCCCACCCUGGCUAGCAAUGUUUGCAGAUCAGCCUGCCCUGCCUAGCUCCUGCUUGCCUGCCUCAGUGGCCCCAGCCCCUGCCUGGACACACCCCUUGCCCUGGGGGCGACCCCGAACCUUUUCCCUGGAUGCUGUCCCUCCAGACCACUCCUCUGGGGCUUCUUGCUCGGUUGCCCCUCUCUCUGCACAGCGACCCCCAAGUUCUAGAGGCCUCUGCAGCAAAGGCUCUCUCCGUACUUGGCUGCAGUCACCAGUGUGAGGGACAAGGGCACUGGCAGCAGGAUCUGGCCAGAAAAGAAAAGGACCUACGUGCAACUGGGCUCUGGAUGUGGUGCUGUCUGAAGCGGGUCGGCCAGCUUAGCCUCCUCCUCCUCUCUGCACUGGGGGUAGGCUGGGAGGGGGAACAGAAGCUCCAUUGAAGUUGUGGGUACCAUGGUACUGAGCGGUUCAGUCCCAGAGCUGGCUGGGAUGCCCCCCGCUAGAUCCUUCCUGGGAAAAAACUGGAAUAACGCUUCCCUACCUCCCUGCACUAACCAGCUUUGAAGAUGGCACUGAAGAGCCCUGGGAGGGAGCACACCUCCCUGUGACUCCUACAUCAACCAUUAAAGUUAUUUAAUAGCAGCUUUCA